AUGACGAGGAGAUCCUGGUUUGUUCUAGUAGCCUUAUUCGCGACCACUUUGCUACUGGUUGGUCAUUUCACGCUCAUAGAUUUGUUCCCAGGCGACCUUUUCCACCGGCCGUCAUCUGCAAACCUUAGCGCUAUCGUCGAAGUUCCCUCGAAACCCUUCCCAAAGAAGAUCUGGCAGAGCUGGAAAGAUGAUUCCGAGAAUCCUACCGAACGUACCAUUGGCUAUCCCCAUCAAUGGAGAGCUGUCAACCCUGACUGGCGUUACGAGCGUAUGACCCAUGCCAAUAUGGACAACUAUGUGCGCGACAAAACGGAUCCCGCCAUUGCAAAUGUUUUCACCUCAUUGCACGAACCGAUCUUGAGGGCAGACUUACUGCGAUAUAUUUUGAUGCUUGUGGAAGGCGGAGUCUGGGCGGACAUUGACGUAUUCCCACAUCAACCAAUAUCAAAUUGGAUACCUGAUGAGUACCAUGAAUUAGUUAAUCUAGUGGUUGGCAUUGAAAAUGACCAUCACAAACGACCUAUCUGGCCCGGCUCUCCUUACUCGGUUCAGCUCAGCCAGUACAUCAUUCUGGCAAAGCCAAACCAUCCCGUCUUUCAGAAAAUUGUUGAUCAAGUCGUGGACAAUCUCCGGAGUCUCCUCCAGUCCAAACCAGGUGGCUCCCAAGUAACUUUUGAAGAUGUCAUGUCUACUACCGGUCCCUUCGCUUACACCAAAGUAUUGAUGGAAUACUUCACGGAGAAAACUGGGAUCCAGCAUAACGGAGACGAGCUCGACAGGUUGGAACAUCCCAUUUUGAUAGGCGACGUGCUUGUUUUACCAAAGGAUAGCUUUGGCUGGCUUCCCCAUGAAAACACACACAAAAAAGGGGAUCCCAGCAUUCUUGUUGAACAUCUCUUUAUUGCAAGUUGGCGUCAAUGA